GAUUUCAGCUUCUCUCACAGGUUGGUCUUCAUCAUGGGUGAUUGCAGCUUAAGCUCCGAGGCAGCAUCAUGAGCAGUAGAAAGCCUGAAAAUAUCUAAAAAUACAAAAGUGUGCAGUAGGCGUGGUAGAAUGGCUAGAUCAGAGUAGUAAAAGGAGGAGGCAAGCAUCAUGGCAUCACAGCCAACGUCCACCACUAUUUGGAAACUGGGCAAAAUGAACAGCUUGGAAACAAAUGACACUGAGAUGGAGCAUCAGUCAAAAGGCACUGAAGAAGGGAAGUAUCUGGUUGAUCCUGAAAUAGUGCAGAUUAUGGCUGGGAAAGCAGAGGUUGAAAGGCGGAUAUCCGCAUUCAUUGAGAGAAAGCGAAUUGAGAUCAAUGAAAAUAACAUCCGUGACUUCUGCAAUGUUAUUGAUUGUGAUCAAGAAAACAGCUGUGCCAGAACCGAUGCCAUUUUCACUCCAUAUCCAGGACAUAAAAGCCAUGUGAAAGUUUCUAGGGUAGUUAACAGCUAUGGCCCUCAGACAAGAACACUUGGUACUGGACAUCCUCGCCAGAAGACACGUAAUAUAGUGCCCGAGUGUGGUAACCAAGCUGUGGAAGAGAGACUUCAGAAUAUGGAAGCCCACUUAAAGUUGUUUUCAGGUUCUAAUACUUUCCAGAUCCAUAUGAGUCAACCUCCUGUCCUGAUGAAGCCUGAUAGGUUAUACAGGGCACCUCAGGCUCAAAGCAGUGUUUCUAAUCUUAAAGCAGACCCAGUUGUGAUUUAUUUGUUUAAAGCUGCUUCUGUGAAACAGUUUAUUGCUGCUAAACCUGUUCCUUUUGAUAAGGAUGGAGCAGCAUUGGAUAAGUUGAAGAAAAUGUAUUCUUCUAGUACUUCUAAAAUUCGGGAUUUGAACUGUGAUGUACAAUUGCUAAACUUUUCGCUUUUAUCUUUUGUGAACAUGCCAGUGUUAGUGGUUAACCUUCCUUCCUUUGAGGUAAAACAUUUUUGA